AUGUCAAAGCUAAAGGGAUUGACUCUUGGCUAUGAAAAAGGUGACAAGAGUAGAUUGGUGAGGGUCAGUGAUCUUAUGGUUGCUGGGAAAAGGGAGUGGGACAAGGAUUUGGUUUAUCAAACUUUUAACCCCUUUGUUGCAGGUUUGAUCCUCAAGAUUGCUCUUGAUCCCUUUGAAUCAAGGGAUAAAAUUGUUUGGCACUGGGAUGUGAAAUUUACAUGGAAUUGCCAAUUCAGAGGAAAAUCAGAAACUUUUUGUGGAGAUGCUGGUUUAAUCUUUUGGGGACCAAAGUUCGAUUUAAGCAGAAAUGAGUGGAUAUGGAAUUGUUUUAGAUGUUGGAAGAUAUGUCGUUUAUCUUGGAGUCUGUUGGGAGAUAGCAAAGGAGACUUUAAUAGAUGGUGGAUUGAGGUUAGUAGUGGUAAAAGGGGAUCUUGCUGGGAGGAGAGAAUAGGUUUAUCUGCUUAUUUAAUGUGUCCUUUAUGGAAGGCAAGGAAUGAUUGGGUAUUCCAAAAAGUAAAGGUGAUGGACAAGGACUUGGUAGAAAAAGCAAGGCAAAGUUGGGGAGAAUUCAUAGCUGCAAAUUCUAAGGGGAAGAGAGGUAACAGAGCUGUUCGAGAGGAGGAUUUAAAAAGUACUAGCAACCCUGAGGUUGAAGUAGGUCAGCUAUGUAUAACUGUCAGUAUUUGGCAAUCAUCUCAAGGUUCACUUGGAAGAGAGUGUGUGGCAAGGAGAGAUGGCAAAAUCCUGAAAACCUGUACUCAAGAGGGAGUAUGCUCGGGCUCAGAGGAAGAAGAUCAAUUGGCAGAAAUAAAGUGGUGUAUGGAGCUGGCCAGAGGGCAGGGUUGGACUAAUUUUGCCUGUUUGAUUGAUCAACAAUCCAUCAUGCAGAAACUUACUACAGGAGCUGGGUUCUUCCCUCAUUUGGGUUGUCUUAGGCAAUAUGUGAUGAUUUGUCCCGGGGAAGCCUACUUUGAGUUUGUUCGAAGAAAAAUAGGCCUAACUUAUAAGUCUAGUGGGCUACUCCUCCUACCACCAAUUGGUUUUGGGAUGGAACCUCAUUUGGGCUUCAUUUGGGGCUUCCCUGAUUUGGUGCGCUUCGUCCGUGGGACCGCAUCCGUCAACCCCCGUUUGUCAUGGUAUCAGAGCCGAUUCACCCACUCUAGUUGGGCUUGGGCCUACAUGGGACCGUGCAAUGAUGUACCCGUCACCCAGCCCAGGGAUGUUAGAAUAUACACUUGUGAGUUGUCCCACAUCGUCUGUACAAGGAAAAUAGUCCUAACUUAUAAGUCUAGUGGGCUACUCCUCCUACCACCAAUUGGUUUUGGGAUGGAACCUCAUUUGGGCUUCCCUGAUUUGGUGCGCUUCGUCCGUGAGACCGCACCCGUCAACCCCCGUUUGUUACCUCCCACCAACAACAUCCCAGAAAAUCUCCGAUUCCCGGCGAUUGCACCGUUGGAUCGUCACCAAAUUUUUACAGCAGGUUCAGGACUUCUUACCCUUCGUUUUGAACGAUGGAGAUCAGAUUGGGCUGUCGGCACUUGCGAUAUACUUACAAUUUUCUUACACGAGUUUCUUACAAUGGCCUUUAAUGCGGUACUGUUUGAGUACUGUUCACCGGUCUUGUCGUACAGUAGUUCGGCGGGACAAACCGGCGCUUCUCUGACCGAUUGA